AGAUCUGCAGCAAGAGAUAAAUAAAGGGAGGCCUUUAUCUAGAAAGAGGUUUAAGAGUGAUGGAUUCAAUUAAUUCAGUUAAAGAUAGUUAUUUUGUAUCAGUUCAAUUCAUCUCUCAGAAAAGAAAACGCGCAAUCAAUAAUUUUCAUAUUCAAAGUAAUUUGCAUAUUAAAAAUAACAAGCCAAUUCAAGAACAAGUGAAAGAGAGAUUAGAGAUCUAAUCAAUAGUGAAACGACUACAGAAGGAGCAGGGCGGCCGGCUAAGGGUGGCGGCAGCUGCUGCGUCGGACUUCUUUUAUUUGAUAUCCCUCUCAUUCCACUUUCGAUUUUGUUUUGUUUGAGUUGUAUGUUGGUUUAGUGAGAAAUUGAGCUCAAUAGAGCUUUAUUACAAUUUACUGCCGCCGGUUGCCGUGUGGAAAGAAGCAACAGCGUGUUUACAUUGAAGGUAAGCAAAUUCUUCCAGCAAGGCGAGCGCCCGGAUUAUGGUCUAACCAGAAACUUUCAGAACAAACAAAAUACAGCGAGCGAUCGAUCUCCCAAUUUGUCUUCUGAAAUAUUGUACAGAUAUAAUUUGGAUAAAUAGGAUGUUGAGUUGCCUCCAUCGCCACCCAAAUCUAAUUCAUUGUAGCUAUCCCUUCUUCGGCUUAUCCAAUCAUCGUCCUCUUCAUUGCAAUCAUCGUCAUGAGCACCGCCGUUGUUAUAUGGUAUGUCCAAACGGUCCCCGUCAUAGCAGCACAACCGGAAUCUACUGUAACUAUGACGAAACUGCCAGGAAAUCGAACCAGUCAUCUUCUUCUGGAAUCCAACUUUACGGUCAGAUUGAGAGAAUCUUCUUAUUACAGAUUACUUACGGAGACUGUGAGGCAAUCCCAAGAUGCGUGGGGUGGUUCAAAAGACUGGAUUGAGGUCGAGGGAGCAUGGGUUCUCAAACCAAGAAUCUCAAGACCCAAGUCAGUUGUUCAUUUCGUUGGUGGUAUAUUUGUUGGUGCAGCUCCUCAACUUACCUACCGUUUGUUUCUUGAGCGCCUUGUAGAAAAGGGUAUUUUGGUUAUUGCCACACCAUAUGCCAGUGGAUUUGAUCAUUUCUUCAUUGCGGAUGAAGUACAGUUUAAAUUUGAUAGGUGUUUCCGGUUUUUACAAGAAACAGUACAAGAUCUCCCUACUUUUGGCGUUGGCCAUUCAUUGGGAUCAGUUAUCCACCUUUUGAUAGGAUCACGAUAUGCUGUGCAAAGAAGUGGGAAUGUGUUGAUGGCGUUUAACAACAAGGAGGCAAGCUUAGCCAUCCCUUUGUUCUCACCUGUUCUUGUCCCUGUAGCCCAAAGCAUUGGACCGUUUCUAUCACAAGUUGCAUCGUCACCAACAGUCCGACUCGGGGCAGAGAUGACCUUGAAGCAACUAGAGAACCUUAGCCCUCCAAUCAUGAAGCAAGUUCUUCCUUUGGUGGAGCAACUUCCCCCAUUGUACAUGGACUUGGUUAAGGGAAGAGAAGAUUUUUCGCCAAAGCCUGAAGAAACUCGCCGACUUAUAAAGUCAUACUAUGGCAUUUCUAGAAACCUUCUGAUAAAGUUCAAGGAUGAUGGAAUUGAUGAAACUUCAACAUUAGCUCAGGUGCUUAGUUCAGAAUCAGCUAUUAGUUCAAUGCUAGACAUGUCAAUUCGCUUGUUGCCAGGAGAUCAUGGGCUUCCUUUGCAACAGGCUCUCCCAGAUGUUCCACCAGCAAUGGCAGAUGCAGUCAACCGAGGAAGUGAGUUUCUGGCAAAUAUGACAGUGGGAACUCCAUGGGAGACUGUUGCCAAAGAAGUAGGCAACACAUUAGGUGUAGAUUCAAAGAUUCUUCGUGCUGAAAUUUCCAAGGACAUUGACUUGCUUGUUGACGUGAUCACGACAUGGAUGUCGUCAAAUACAGGUCCAAAACUUUUGAGGCCAUGAUGUGUAUAAAUGCCAAACCGAAGACAGUGAAGCAAGGCAAAUAGGGAUAUGCUAGAAAAUAAUGCUGUGGGAGUAUGGUUUUUAUGGUAUUUUAUUGUACAUUCUGUAAUUUAUAUGCCAUGCCUAAUCAUAGAAGUAAAAGGAAGAAGGAUUUCAUCUGAUUGAGAGUUGAUAGAUGCUUGUGUUUUUCCGUUGUUUUGCUUAUUAAUCUUCUAUUUUGUAGGUUGUAAUAGAAACAUUGAGAUUUCUAUAUAUCUAAAAGAAUGUAUGAAACAGAAAGGCGUGUAUUUUUCGUCC